CUCUCGCUCCCUCCCGCCAGUCUGCGAUCGUGUGUCGUUGAAGGAGGUCGUUUGUAGUUUCGUUCAGAAAUCGCGGGAUAACUUUCGUAAAAAAAACAUUUGGAAAUUACUUUUUGGUGUUAGUGGAUAAUAUUAAUCGGUUUAUUUUGUGGAGUGACGUAGACUGUGAGAUUAUAGUGAAUUCUGAGUGGAAUGUUAUUGAGUGACUAGUGAGAGAUAGUAAAGUUGGCUAAUAUUGUGCAUCCGUGUUGCAAAGAUUGCAGGUAGUGUGCAAUAAAUUCUGAACGGAGUGAACGGAUUUUCGACGGAUUAAAUCGAGUGUGAAGUGAGUGAGACAGGAGAUGCGGUCUGUGUGUGUUAGAGUGAGAUAUAGCUAGUGACAUGUGUUAGUGCAACAUGCGGCCGCGGUGGCGCUGCGAUCGCGUCUCGUGACGUUUCUGAAACAAGAUGGCGGACUCGACUCCCGCCACUUCUAUCAUCGAGGGAACUGUCAAGUUCCGGGAUGGAAAAAAGUGGAAGUCAAGAUGGUGUGUCAUGCGAAAGCUAUCACCAGUUGCAGACUGCGUCCACCUCCAACUCUACAAAGACCUGAAGGAGCGGCAGCGCAACGGGCAGACCAAGGCCUCACUCUCUCUACAGCAGUACCUCGGCUUCGAGUCGGGGUUCACGCUGGACAAGGAGUCCAACACCCUGGCGAUCCUGUGUGAGGACGUCACCCCGGUGCUGGCCUUCGAUACCAGGGAGAUCUUGAUGCAGUGGCGGGUUAAGGUCCAACAUAACCUCGGCAGCAGCAGAGAAUACUCAGCGGUGCUGAUAACAGUGCCAUCUAGCGCCAACAUCCGCGCCGGGCCGGUGCGCCUGCACGUGUGCGGGACAAGGCUAGCACUAUGCGCGUCAAGACCGCCUGAAGUGCUCGCUCUGUGGGACGUCAAGCUAUUGAGACGCUACGGUGUAGUAGACAAGCGGUUCUGUGUGGAAGGCGGCUCACGGUGUGGUAGGGGUGAGGGCCUGUUCGUCUUCGCUGCUGAGAAGGGCAAGGAACUGGCUGAGGUGCUGAGUUAUAGCCAGGAGGGACAGUCGCGGCUGAGUAUCGCCUCUAGGUGUGGUUCUGCCCUAGAAAAGCGCUUCUCCGACACCAGCUCCUGCCUCGACGACUGUUUCCGCUCGGGCUCCCCGUCGUGGGCGCCGGCGUCGCAGACCAUGCACUGUCUGUCCGACCUGGACAGCAGUAUGGAGGAGCAGUUCAACAGACGACCGACGUCUUUGCCGCGGUGCUCGAGCUGUAUUGGGAAGAUUGGGUCGCAGUUGGUCAGAUCAUCGACAAUGACGCCAGGCUCCCUCAUGAGUCCAGUGUGGACGAUGGAAAACAUCAUGGAGAAGCGAUCAGACUCCGACCGAGCGUCCAUCUACUCGCGAUCCAGUGGAUCAGCCUCAGAAUACUCCGUCCCAAGAACCAGUUGUCUCUUAGACAAGAGCUUUGAGUCCAAGCGGGCGAGUCCUGUCGGCUGCUGCCCCAGUAUUCCCGUGAAGACAGGCAACACGUGCGCGUGCUGGCAGCAGCCCAAGCCGUGUGCGUGUAGGAAGAAGACGUUCAGUGGACCCUACGAGAACUAUGAUGUGCCAAAGACUCCUAUGCCUUUAAUACAGGAACACCCCGUAGACGGCGGCGACGCGACCAGCCUGUACGACACACCAAAGAAACUAAAAUGUCUAUUAAAUGGACAGACCUGUAGCUGUAGUCACCCAGACAACUCCGUAGAAGAAUCCGGCCAGAUCGUCGUCGAAACCAAUUGUGAUAAUAGCAGUAACGAAACUAACGACAAAACACUAGAAUCACAUUCUAACUACGUCAACAUAACCCCAGAAAAACCUGAACCUAGACAAGACUAUGGCAACUACGCAAAUAUAGACCUCAACGCUACACUGGAGAAGUUUGAAACUUCUUUACAGAUACUAAGAAGCGCUGGCUUCAGUCAAGAAGAACUAGAUGCUUUGGAAGACAUUCCUGAACAUGAUGACGACAUCUCAACGGCAACUCUUAACACGGUCCAUCCGUCCACAGAAUGCUGCAACGACCAUUUAAACUACAUGCAUAUGGAACCGUUGGAAAUCAGCAGUUCCAGCAAUAGUAAUAAGAACUGCUCAGACAACAUCAGUAGGAUCAGCCACGUGUCUGAUCCCACACAGCAUUCGGAAUCAGACACAAUCAGUACCAGAAGGUCCAGCUCAGCUGACUUCACAAAACGGGACGACGACUACGGAAUAUCCAAAAACAUCUGCUUCACGCCGACAGUGCUACGAAAAGCGUCAAAGACCGACUGCAUAAACGUGCGUCUACGGGCUAAAAGUCCAGAAGCGAUCAAAUUCAAGAUCCCAGAGUCCAAAACUGAGAAUUCCUUCGUUGCCAGAUUUCGGGAGUCCGUCAAAAUACGCCGCUCUUCAAGCGUGCCGAGCAAGACUGACAAGAACCGUGACUCAUCCAGCUCCAACGACUCUGGAGUCUCAACAGGGUCUUUAAAGCACCACAAAUGUGACUUCAACGAGUUUGAGAUGCCAGUGACUAGUGCCAAGUCUUGCAAGAAGCACCUGAAGUGCAGCAAGCAGAUGCGUCUCUCUCUGACCCCAGCAGCUGAGUUCCUGAAAGCCAGUUCGUCGGAUCCCAUGAAGAAUCUGACGUUUCACUUUGAAGAGGUGGCGACGAUGACCAAGUCUAACUCUUGCGAUGUCGACACCUUGACCAGGAGGAAGAAGAGGAUUGGAGACAACGACAGCACGGCCCGCCACAGCCAGAUGACGAACAAGAGCACGUCGAGCGGCGCGUCCGAUACGUCCGAUUACAUGGAGUCGCUAUCCGUAUCGUCGUUCAGCUCGUGUGACGUGUCGGCCGACCGCCACGUCACCCGUCCACGGUCUGGAAAGGAAUACGCUAACAUCGACCGAGUACUUGCCCAUGUGCACACUGGCUGAAUGGAAUAUGGAAAAAGAAAUAAAAAAGAAAAGUGAAUUGUCGAUGGUCGGCGGUUUGACGUUUGGAGUUUGGCGCGGGAAAAGCGGAGCAUUUGCGAAUAUUGUUUGGUGCAAAUGUUUUUUUUCUGUUUACUUUUAAAUUGACACCAAUACUGCCAAUUAAAAUCAGGGAUAGUGAAAGUAAACUAUAAAAUAUAGUACUUACUUAAUUAAGUUUAACAUCCACAAUCUAAUUGCGUCUUUGCGUAUACAUAUAGGUAUGUUUUGAAUUAACUACAAAUCUGCAAUAUACAAUUCACUGUAAAUAGUUUUGGUAACUAUUGUUAAUAUACAUACUAUUCAAAACUAACAAUUGUUCCUAUAAUAUUGUAAAUAACUUGUUCGAACCUAGAUGUAGAUGCGUGCCAAAAAUCUAAAAUGUACUUAGCUGGCUAAAUAUAAGGUUUUGGGUAUAACUUUAAUACAUUGGUAUCAAUUAAGUAUAUCUAUAGGUAUCUACCUAAAUAAUUUAAGUUUAUUAUCGAUAGUACUCAAAAAGUGGAAUUAAAAUAAAAUUACCUGUAAGUAACGUCCCACGAAUAAUUUUUUGUUAAGUAAGUUUAUUAUUUACUUACUUAAAAUGGAUCAUACAUAAUAACGAAAUGAAGUUAUAUUUUAUUAUUGGAUAGGGACUACCUUUGAAGGUACUUUUUUAUUAUUGACAAAGCAUAAAGAAAAAGUUCACAAAAUAAAUCUUAAGUAUUUGGAUUAAUAUUCAUGAGUUAUGAGAUUUUGAACUUUAAUCAACUUAAUUAGUAGGUAAUUUCAUUUUAUGAACUAAGAACUAAACCUUAGGAACAUACUUACUUAAAUUAUUUGUGCCUUUGCAUUUUAAUGUGUUUAAAUAUUAAAAAUAGAUUUAAUCAUUUUCAUUGUUACCUUAUUUAAGGACUUAGAAAUUGUUUGAAAUAAUUAAAUGUGUAGAAUAGUAGACAUUAGAAAGCAGGUAUAAAUAGCAACGGUCUUAUUACAUAAUAAGUACGAUAUAUAGUUUUGUAAUAAUAAUUAUGUUUAUCUAUCUAUAAAACUAAUAAGUAAUGGUCAAAACUAUCAAAAAACACAUUUGUCUAAACUUAGUUUUAAGAUAGUUUUGCCCACUAUUUAUAAUAUUUUUUGUACAUUACUUAUCUUAAAAUAAUAUCGCCUGUACUGAAAUAAAAAGCAAUAGACUUCUUCCAUACAAUCGUCUCCUUAAAUUAUUUUUAUGUUACAAUAAAGAUUUAUGGAAACGGUAUUUUUACGGCUAAUGUUAGGUAUUAGGUGUGAAGAUAAUCUUAAGAUUUACCGGCUUAUCCUUAGGUUAACCGGAGGAGCGGUUAAUGUUAGGUUCUGGUUAAUCAUAAGUUUAUAAUUACACCUAACGUUAGCCGUAACCGAUAUACACAAUACACAUAAUAUGAUACAAGCGUACGAUAAAUAAUAUAUUAUAUUCCGUAAAUAGAUAAUAUAAAUAUCCAUUAGUAACUAUUGGUCAUUUUUAUACAGGCUAACAAAACUAUAGACUCGGUCCUGCCAAAUCAAAGUACCUACAGAGGGGAUACUUUUUUAUAAAUAUUUAAAGACUUAUUAUCAUGUAUAGGCUAUUAAUAUUAUUUUUAUAUAUAUUUCCAGUGCUGGGUUUGUUAAACUUAUUGUCUAGUCAGCGAUAGUGUUUUGACCAUAACGAUCUUUUAAAUGCUCUGAUAAUU